GACGACAUCAGCGACAUUGUCUCGUCCGGUGACAAUCCAACAAGUUUACAGUUGUAAGAAGACUUUCAGAAAACAAAGCCAUCAUGACGCGAAACCAUAGCAUCGUCGCCAAGUGCUUAUGGACUCGGUGGGUACUCGGUUCUCGGAGCUACUUUAGCAUUGGCGGCCUCGACGGCUUACAUGAUGUCUUCUGAUAUCGAGUUUCAAGGUAUACAGGCAUCCAGAGACUCUGAAAAGCUUCUCGGAUCUGUGAAGCAUCCAGAAGCCGACGAUAUACCAAGUCCGCCACAUCCGGCGUUGGAAGGGUACAAGCACGAACAGAUCAGUCGGCCUGUUCUUCGCUGUCGACGAAACUAUCCCUAGCAGGAGCGACCGUCGCCAUCGAAUUCGGUAAUGACACGAGCGCCUCGCUAUAACCAAACAUAACUAGCGGAGAUAUUCCACGGGUAUUAGAUAGGCCAUUACAGUGGUAGAGUCCAGGAGGCCACGCAGUCAGCGAGCGAGGCUCAUCACGGUAGCAAUGGGCGACUACCCUGUUCGUGUGGAUCAAAGCCCACAUCUGGCAAAGCACGAAGCCGCAGUAUCAAUCAUUGCCCAGCAGGUCGCCCAUUUCGAUGCCUCCGAUAUCCCAUUCCGGAUAUUCCACGGCAACACCAAUUCAACUCGACCCAGUGUCCGGACCCGGGCAUGCACCAUCGAUAUAUCGUCGCUCCACAACGUCAUCUCUGUCAACCAGACGACCCGGACAUGCCUCGUCGAGCCAAAUGUGCCGAUGGAUGCCCUCGUGGCUGCGACAUUGCCUUACGGCCUAGUACCCCCUGUUGUCCCGGAGUUUCCGGGCAUCACGGUAGGAGGCGCGUUCGCAGGAACGGCAGGCGAAAGCAGUAGUUUCAGGCACGGUUUCUUCGAUAAAGCUGUCACUUGGACCGAAGUCAUUCUUCCAGAUGGAGAAAUCGUUAUCGCUUCCAAGGACAAAAACGAAGACUUGUUCUCCGGCCUCGCAGGGACAUUUGGUACGCUGGGCAUUACCACUUUGUUUGAGAUAUCGCUGGUUCCUGCGAAAAAGUUUGUCGAGCUGUCCUAUAUUCCUGUCGGAAACAUUGAGGAUGCCCAACGAGUAAUGCAUCAAGUUACAGAGGACAAGGAGAUGGAUUUUUUGGAUGGCAUCAUGUUCGCUCCUGAAAGGGGAGUUGUCAUGGCCGCCAAAUUCGCUGGUCGGAACAGCACCAACAGCGGUAUGCCGGUUGUCACCUUCACCAAGGCAUGGGACCAGUGGUUCUACCUCCAUACCGAGCAAGUAACAAACAAAUCGACCGGCGUCGACACCAUUAAGAGCACUACUCCAACCUCCAAAUCGCCAGCAGCGGCCCACCGCGAACUGAUCCCCCUGACAGACUACCUCUUUCGUUACGACCGUGGCGCCUUCUGGACCGGCCGCUUUGCAUUCACGUACUUCCUCACCCCGUUCACCCGAUUCAUCCGCUGGCUGGGCGACCGCUACAUGCACACACGAAUCAUGUAUCACGCCCUGCACCGUUCCGGACUCAUGCAGCGCUUCAUCAUCCAGGACAUGGCCCUUCCGAACAAGAACAUUCCCGAAUUCUCCGCAUGGUUGGACACCGAGCUGCCGCACAUCUACCCGCGGUGGCUGUGCCCACUCAAGACGGAGGGAACAGUCAGCAUGCAUCCUCACCUCGCACCGGCGGCGGCAUCAAAUGACGAUGCCCUGCUGAACAUCGGUGUCUGGGGUCCCACGCCGCCAGGAAUGCGGCAGGUCACCGUCAACCGCAAGAUCGAGGCCAAGUUAACAUCCCUGCAGGGUAUGAAGUGGCUGUAUGCACAGACCUUCUACACGGAAGACGAGUUCUGGCAGAUCUACGACCGGACCUGGUACGAGGCGCUGCGGAAGAAGUACCGCGCCGAGAAGUUGCCCAGUGUGUAUGAGAAAGUCAGGACGAAGUUCGAGGUCGAACCGAACACCGAUGGCGAUGUACGGCUUGGUAUUGAGAAGGGCUUCUGGAGCAUCUGGCCCUUUGCCGGCGUUUACGGCGUGUUGAGCGCCAUCAAGGGUGGUGAUUAUUUGAGGAAGAGCUGAGGUAGUCAGACUUGAUCCGGUAUUCCGGGAGUGCAAGGUAGCCUGUAGACAUUAGCCAGCAUUGUUGGAGUGCGGGAUAUGCAACUUGUAUACAGAUAGAUUCUGCGUACAGGAUCAGGCAUACAGACAACAGCCAUGCAAGAGCUAAGUUAGUAUCGACAAGGCUCGGACAGUUACCAUUUAGAUGCAAGAUAGAGUAUACAAAACCAAGACAGUAC